UCUCAUUGAUCAUUGGGGCAAAUUGUUAAACUUAAUUUCAACUAGUAACUAACCAACAAGUCGAGCAAUCAGAAAGGGAAAAACACUUAAAGCAAGCGCUUAAUGUAGUGCAAGUGCAAGUGGUAUAAUGGCCAAUAACUAUAAUGGAGUCCCUUUGCUGUACUAUAUGCAUUUUAUUGCCACAUUGCUGUUAUCGCCGAUUUUUUGGGUUAUCAUUGUCAUCAGAGAGUUAUUUCAUAGGCCCAAAGCCACCCAGGUACAAGGCGAAGUAGCAGUCAUCACAGGUGCCGCCAGAGGUUUGGGUCGCGAAUACGCCAUUGAAUUGGCCAAACGAGGAUGCCACAUAGCGGUGGUGGAUAUUUUGGAAGAUGCGGCAAAGGACACGGCCAAUUUCUUGAGUGAAUCAUUCAAUGUUAAGGCCAAGGCUUAUAAGGUUGAUAUAUCUGACUAUCAGCAAUUGAAUGAAUUUCACUCCAACGUUGUGCAAGAUUUUGGAGAUGUCACCAUAUUGAUCAACAAUGCCGCCAUUUUAGCCAUAUCCGACAGCAACCCUAUGGAUUGCAAGGAAAUUCAAAAAAGGAUCACCGUCAACUUUACAGCCCAAUUGUGGAUGAAUCAACUCUUUUUGCCCCGCAUGAAGGAAUUAAAUCAUGGCCAUAUCAUGGCUAUUUCUAGUAUUGCCGCCCUUAUUACAUCACCUUAUGGUCAAAUAUAUGGCUCAUGCAAAAGUGCUGUGAGAGCUUAUAUGGCCUGCUUGAGAACAGAGUUGAAACUUGCCAAAUACAAUAUUAAAGUGUUGACCGUAAUGCCAACAUUUCUAAAUACCAAUCAUCAAGUACUGCACCUUGUGAAGCUGUAUGGGUUCGAUUGGGUAUUGCCCACCAUAGAUGGCGAUGUGGUUGCUAAACAAGCAGUGGAGGCAAUGCUACAUGGCCUUGGGGAGAUAACAUUGCCCCGCAUCAUAAGUCUAUUCUACAAAUUGAUGGAAUUGUGGCCGACUUGGUUACGAGAUUUCGUACUAGCAGUGAUGAGUCCCAAAGUGAAUGUGGAAGAAGCUAUGAAUUUCAUUAGUACCGACGCGAAUUAUGCUACAUCACCACCAUCAUGAAUGAUUUUAUGUUUGAUUGAAUAUUUAAAAA